AUGGCUACAUCAAUUCCUUCUACUAAAUAUCUAAUUCAUCUAUCUAUCUAUCAAAAUCAAUUUUGCUUCUAUGAAUAUCUCAUCUAUCUAUCUAUCAAUUCCUUCUAUUCUAAAUAUCAUCUAUCUAUCUAUCUAUCUAUUUCACCCAAUAUUUUAUCACCAACUCUUUCAUACGUCAUUCAUGAAAAUAUAAUCUAUCGUGGGUUUGUUAAGACGUGGUCAAUCUAUCCAUUAUCUAACUAUUCUUAUAUAAAGAUCUUAAUCAAUAUCUAUCUAUCUAUCUAUCUAUAUCAUCUAUCUAUCUAUCUCAGUUUAUUCUUUAUCUAUCGUCAAUCUAUGUCCUUCUCAGCCUGGAUACUGACCAAAUCCCCAUCUACCUGCCCGACCAGACACGAGUCGCCUUCUUGCUCCCAACGCCCAAUUUCACAUCGGCUUUUCCCGCAGUUUGGCCGGCCGAUGGGGGCUCCACGCGACUCCAGCUUGCUGGCCAACAUUGCAAUUUUCUCUCCGAAUAGGUGUACGCAAUUAUCGAUUCUUCUUUCUAUCUCUUUUCAAUCCCCACUCUAUCUAUCUAUCUAUCUAUCUAUCUAUCUAUCUAUCUAUCUAUCUAUCUAUCUAUCUAUCUAUCUCAAUCUAUUCCCCAUCCAUCUAUCUCACUCUAUUCCCAUCUAUCUAUCUAUCUAUCUAUCUAUCUAUCUAUCUAUCUAUCUAUCUAUCUAUCUAUCUAUCUAUCUCACUCUAUUCCCAUCUAUCUCUAUCUCACUCUAUUCCCAUAUCUAUCUAUCUAUCUCAUCUAUUCCUAUCUAUCUAUCUAUCUAUCUCAUCUAUUCCUAUCUAUCUAUCUAUCUAUCAUCUAUCUAUCUAUCUAUCUAUCUAUCUAUCUAUCUAUCUAUCUAUCUAUCUAUCUAUCUCACUCUAUUCCUAUCUAUCUAUCUAUCUAUCUCACUCUAUUCCUAUCUAUCUAUCUAUCUAUCUCACUCUAUUCCUAUCUAUCUCACUCUAUUCCUAUCUAUCUAUCUAUCUCACUCACUCUAUUCCUAUCUAUCUAUCUAUCUAUCUAUCUAUCUAUCUAUCUAUCUAUCUAUCCUUGUUCCUUAUUAUCAGAUGUUUACUCCCAUUUUCGUACCUUUUUUCUUUCUCGUUCUUUUUCUUCUUUUUUUCCUUCAUUUCUUCCUCCCUUUCUUUCUUGUUUGUCAAUUUUUUUAUUUUUCCUAG